CAGAACAGAGCACUGGAGGAGAGUUUCCCUUCAUUCAGAUUCAGAGAGCUGGGAGCAUCACACACCCGGGAGCCACACGGACACGCACAGCAACCAUGAGUGAGAGGCAAACAUCUGGAGCAACAACUGGAAACAGCAAAGCAUCUGCUGGCCAAGGCCUGCAAAGUCAACAAAAACCUCCGUCCAAACAUGAAAAGAAGAACAAGCUCCCUGAGGACUUCGAUGUGGACAUGGAGGAUCCAGAGACAGAGAAAGCUGCUGUGGCCAUCCAGUCCCAGUUCAGAAAAUUCCAGAAAAAGAAGCAGGAUGUGAAGUCAUAGGGCGGAUGCUGUCAGACGAGUUUUGCACCUGAGGUGGCCCUGGUGUUGCAUGCCAAUCAAACCGCACUGUCAUGAACUGGCAAGAAAGAAGGGUGGGGUAGGACUCUUGCAGUGGAGAUGGAAGGAGGAAGAGUCUGAAACAUAUAUGUGAUGAAUCUUUGUGAAAGUCUGUGUGUAAUUAUUACCGUAUGUUUACUAUUACAAUAUCUUAUUGGUGUAUGCAUUUAGAUAUAUCUUAGAAUUUUGCUGUUUCUCUUUCUGUUUUUAAGUUCAUUAACACAGAUUAACUACAGUUGAGCCUCAGUAUGAAUUGUUAUUUCCAUGGAAGAACCAAACUUAAGUUAGUCCCCAUAUUUUGUCAAGCACGUUCUCUUGAGAUGAAAGAAUGGCCAUUUCCAAUAGAUUUCCAAACCCCACUGAAAUCUGGUUGGUGCAACUGAGACCUUAUGAUGACUAUGAAAACUAAAUCGGUGUUUCUAUUGUGUGUUUAGCCUUCAAAGGUCGCCUCUUCUGCACCUUUUUGUUCUAGAUGACAAGAACCUUCCUCAGCUGUGUGUCUGUCAAGAACCUUAAAGGUUUUACUUGUAAUUUACAGUUGUGCAUCCUCCACGUUUUGCUCCAGCCUGGUUGAAACAAUAUGACGGUUGAGUUACUUCACAUAUAUUUACUCUGUAAGCACGCAUAUGCAUGCAAGCUCGCACACACGCAUACGCAAAAGGAAAUAAAGUCAAUGGUGAGGAGUGAUUUUCUCUCAUUUGCCUCUUAAUUCUU